AUGUCUAACUACAGCAAAGAAUUGGAAGUGGCUCAAUUAGCCGUUCAAAGAGCAGCUAUUUUGACCAAAAAGGUCUUUCAUGAAAAAUCCAAAGGAACAUUAUCCAAGGACGACAAAUCACCCGUCACAAUUGGUGAUUUCGGUGCUCAAGCUUUGAUCAUACAAGCUAUCAAGAAGAACUUCCCUAAUGAUGAAGUUGUAGGAGAAGAAGAAGCUGGUGAUUUGAGAGACAACUCCAAAUUGAGAGAUCAAAUUUGGGCAUUGGUUGAAGCUUCUAAACUUUCGGAUCCAGAGGCCGAGAAGAUUUUAGGUGGUCCAAUUGAGAGUGUGGAUGCUAUGCUUGAUGCUAUCGAUGCGGGAAAUAGUGCCGGUGGAGCCAAGGGAAGAAUUUGGGCUUUAGAUCCUAUUGAUGGAACCAAGGGAUUCUUGAGAGGUGGUCAAUAUGCUGUUUGUUUAGCAUUGAUGGUUGAUGGAGAUGUCAAAGUCGGAGUUCUUGGAUGUCCUAAUCUCCCAGUUGAUGAUUCGGCCCCAUUAUCAGCUGAUGCUGGUAAGGAUGCAUCAGAUGAUGAAGGAAAGGGAGUUCUUUUCUCAGCCGUGUUAGGACAAGGUGCUACGAGUCGACCAUUGGGUACUGGAGCAUUAGAAAAGGGACAAUCUAUUCAGAUGAAGCCAGUUACAGAUUUAACUCAAGCUACAUUCUGUGAAAGUGUUGAAGCAGGUCACUCUUCUCAUGGGGAUCAACAUGCCAUCGCUACCAAAUUGGGCGUUAGUAAAGCUAGCGUACGAAUGGACUCCCAAGCCAAAUAUGGAUCGAUUGCUCGAGGUGCUGGAGACAUUUAUCUCAGACUUCCUGUUAGCGCGACUUACCAAGAGAAGAUUUGGGAUCAUGCUGCUGGAGAUCUUAUUGUGAGAGAGGCAGGAGGACAAGUUACGGAUUCUGUUGGACGCAGAUUAGAUUUCAGCAAGGGUAGGACAUUGGCUGAAAAUAAGGGUGUCGUUGCAGCUCCUGCAGCCAUCCAUAGCCAUGUUUUGGAGGUUGUCAAGGAAGUUUUGGGAGCUAAGAAGUAA